UGUAGGUUUGAUGAGCAAGGGUGAAAAGAACAGAACAGGCAAAGACGGAUAUGGCGAAGAAACUGGUUCAAGGAAGUAAUCUCAAACGAAGGAACAGUAACUUGAGUGGGUCUAGUCCAGAUUUGGUUCCCGUGAAGCAAAAAGGCCGUUUCAGUUUUGGAGAAAUCCAAUUCCUCAAACGCGCAACGAGUGACGAUUGGAUACGGGACGGAACCUUUCACGAUGCUGUAGGUGGAAUGCUUACGAUGGCCCAGAUGCUUUCCGUAAUGCCGGUCAGUGGAAUCAUGGAACGAGAUCCGGCUAAGGUGCGCUUCACCUGGCUAAGUAAACGAAUAAUCUACUGUUACGCUGUUUAUGCUGGAACGGCAUUUCUCGUUAUUACUACUUUGAUUCGAUUCUUCGAGAAGGACUUCAGCUUUGGCCGUUUGACUACGGUUUUCUUCUAUUCGUACAACCUGUAUGGGAUGUACUGUUUCGUUCGGGUGGCCCAAAAGUGGCCGGAGCUGAUAAGGAAAUGGCACGAUACCGAGCAACUGCUGCCUCAGAGCACUAACAUUUUGGAACGAGGAGUGUUGGCCAGGAAAAUCAAAUUGAUAUCGAUACUGCUGACAACCCUGUCCCUUUUGGAACACUUACUUUCAAUUGUAUCGGCUGUCUUCUAUCGACCCUACUGUCCGGAAGUUCCUGACCCGAUGGAGAUGUUCUUCAAGGCGAACUUCUUCUUCGUGUUUCAACAUUUCGAGUAUAGCAAUUGGUUGGCUUUUAUAAUCAAAUACCUCAACGUCGUUUGUACCUUCGUGUGGAGCUACAUCGAUUUAUUUGUCAUGGUAAUAAGCCUGGGGCUAUCACAUACCUUUGAACGGAUCAAUGAUUUCAUGCGGAAACAUAAACGGCAGCCCAUGACGGAAGAGUUUUGGGGUGACCAGCGCAGGAAUUACCGUAACGUUUGUGAUCUAAUCCAGCAUGUAGACGAUGUGGUUUCUAUCAUCACUAUGCUCUCGAUUUCCAAUAAUUUAUUUUUCAUUUGUGCAUCAAUACUGAACAGUUUGAGCUCUCAUCCAACAAUCGUUCACACCAUGUACUUCUGGUUUGGGCUGACAUUCCUGAUUGCUCGAACCCUGGGGGUGACGAUGUGUGCGGCCAAGGUGAAUGAUGAGUCCCGGAGGCCCAUCGAAGUGCUGAGAACGAUCCCCCGCGAAGGUUGGUGUCUGGAGGCUAAACGAUUCGCAGAGGAAGUCGUGAACGAUACGGUGGCCCUAACGGGAAUGAAGUUCUUCAACAUGACCCGGAAGCUGGUGCUCAAGGUUACUGGAUCCAUAAUUACUUAUGAACUGGUGCUAAUUCAGUUCCACAAGGAGGAACCGGCGGAUGUUGAUUUGUGUAAAAUGAAGAGGGCUUAAAAUGUGUUCGAGGGUUUUGGACCAAAUUGUUCAAGUGCACGGGUUUUGAUCACCGUUUUCUUCUUCGGCUGCGUUCACUUGCAAGAGCACCAACUCAUAAGUGACGAUC